ACCAUUUUCGAUUUCGACCUCCUGCUCGAAGGAACCUGUAGCUGCGGCUAUGAGAACCCUUCUCCGUUCACAAACUUUCUUUUCAAAAAAAUCCUCCGCCAGAAGCGAGCAAGUGAUGCAAUUUAUGGAGAAACAAUACCCUUAUGAAGAAGCCUUUCUUCUCAGAUAAACUAAACAGAACUUAUCUCCUUAUCUCUAAAAAAUCAAAUAUUCCCUCUUACUUUAUUCCUGGAUUUCAAUAAUGAAGGUUUUUAACUAAAAUUUCCCCGACAAUUUUAUCUCGAAUUCCUUUCGUUUUAUUCAAACCAUGUGGCGUUGUCUUUUAGGUUCCAUACCAGUGGCUUAGUCGAAGCUAUCAUAUAUCCAUUGACGAAUUAAAGAGGUUGGAAUCAAUUUAAUCAAAUAUCAGCCGCUGGUUUUUCCCCAUAAUCGCCUAUGAGGACACCAAUCGUUCUAAGUCGGAAAAGCUUACAGAGAAACCCUAACACACGAAGAGUUCAUGGAGUCGAUGAAAGUAGUGGAAACGCUCGAAUUAGAAAGUCUGAUUAGGCAAAAUUGAAAGUGAAACAAUUGUUUCUUGGGGAACACGAUGGCGAAGGCGCAUUUGAAGGUUCAAACUGGUUUUUCGCCAUAAUCCCUAAUGACGGCAUCCCAAAGCGGUCUUUUCGAUAAUAUUUUGGCUCUGACUCUGCCAUGGAAAGCCAUAUUUUAUCGAAAAGACUGGAUGGAAGGGAGUGGUGUAUGCUUUAUCUAGUUGGUUAAAGAGUAUUCAUCCUAAUUACAACAUAGGGCUUCUUAAUGGCAAAAGCUUACAGCUUUUGGCAGAUAAUUCAGCAGCAUGGGCAGCAGCGGCAGUCUCGCCUAGCUUGAACCGGUUCAGCUUGUUGGUUAACAACCACCUUCCUCGCGAGUUCGAGAACGACAAUUUCGAGUGGUCUAUUAAUACGGAGAAGGAAUUUUCCGUGGCUAGCAUCUCUUCCAUGGUAAACAACUCUAAACCUUUUGGAUGGGACUCUACUUUAAUUGGAUGGUUGAAUGCUAUGUGGGAUCUUAAUCUUCCGCCUAAAAUCAAGUUGUUUGCUUGGAGAUUUUUAAUUGAUAGGCUUCCAACUAAGGACCAAUUAUGGAUUAGAGGUCUUACUAAUAUUAAUCCAAAUUGUGGCUUUUGUGGUAUUGUUUUGGAAUCUACAUCUCAUCUUUUCUUUCUUUGCCAAGAGGUGAGGGUGAUUUGGAAUCAUAUUUUUGGGUGGUUAGGCAUUAAGGAGGAAAUCAACUUUGAGGAGUUCUUGUCCUAUGGUGACUUACAAAUAAAGUUACAUAAUCAUUUGUCCCCAAGUCAUAUACUAACAGUGUUGAGGUGAGAACUUUCAGAGAUUCAAAAAAAAUAUUUACUAGCAUUUCAAAGAAUGAGCAAUAAUGAAGGAAAUUUUGUUCAUGGCAUUGGCUCACCUGCUUAGUGAUAAUAUCAAUAACAUAGUACAAGGAUUUAGAUCCGAAUGUCGCGAAAUGGUUGAAGCAAAUGCUGUAAUUACACCUAUUCAAGAAUCUGAAUCAUCAAGAAGACGAGGGAAGCAUUUGACAACAAUACUAAUCAAAAGAAAAACCUUUUCUUUUUCAUUUCCCCUAGACUUUGAUACUACAUGUUUUCCUGGUAUAGACAAUAUGUUGCCUAAUCUUACAAGUUGGGAAGUUGAAUGUCGAAAGAGAGAAUCUAAAACUUGCGAUACGUACUAUAUUCACUCAACCGUCACUGGAGAUAGAAAAUUACGAUCCGUUACAGAGGUUGUAAACAAAUUACUUCCCGAAGGAUAUGCCAAGUUGGACAGCAGAAAAAGAAAGAAAAAUGUGGAGUUAGAGGAUAAUGAUGAAGAAAAUAAUUUUGAAUUUGAGGCUAAUGAAAACAACAUCUCUCAAGUCUCUCAAGUUAAAAAACAAAAAAUUGUCGAGGUAGGGAAAAAUAUUUCUCCCAGAUCUUCCACCUGUACAGAAAAGAUUAUUGGGAAUAAAGAAUUUAAUGAAGUUGGAGAUUUUUCUUGUUUUUCUUUAGAGAUUGAGGAUAAAGAGAACAAUAUGGAUGAUGUUUUAAUAAGUGGGUUGCUAAAUUCACAAGAAAUAUCCUCUGAAUUUUUGCUAUACAUCUCAGAUAUGCAACCCAUUGUUUCUGUCAACCAAGAUAUAUUAGAAGAUAUGUUGAAAGAUCAUGUUGAAAAUGAUUGGACACUAAUAGAUGAAGUCUUAUAUGAAAUUAGAGAAGACUUUUCUGAGUAUGAUGAGUUGAUAGCAAGUUUUCUAAAAUAAUUUGUACUUUAUAAUUAGAGUUUUAAAAUUAUUAACUGUAUGUUUUUAUUUUCUUUGUAUGAGAGCAUGAAAUAUUUGACAAUAUAAAAGUG